UCGAGGAAACCCGCUGCCCCUGCAGUAAUCUCUCCGGCACAGACGUUGUAGAAGCGUAAUUGUAGCUAUUCACUACUUCCAACACUACACCGUCACGAGAUCCAGUUAUCGGGAAUCCUAUUGACUGUCAUGGCCGGUCAAUACUGUAAGAUUGUAGUUCCCGUCGCUUUCUUGUUACUUGGUGUGCUGGCUAUUCUCCUUCUUACAAUUCAAAUCGAAGACAUAGAGGAACCCCCGGAUUACAUGUAUGGUAUAGUCCUGGAUGCAGGCUCCUCCCACACCGCCAUGUACAUAUACAAGUGGCCGGCGGACAAGCAGAAUGGCACGGGCAUCGUCACCCAGCACAGCGAGUGCCAUGUUAAGGGAGGGGGAAUCUCCAGCUAUGCAGGACAGCAGGGCGCUGCGGGGCGCAGUCUGGAGACUUGCCUGGACACGGCAGUGAAGGACAUCCCAAAAUCCAGACAUAGCCUCACACCCGUGUACCUAGGGGCAACAGCAGGCAUGAGGCUGCUGACAAUCUCCAGCCCCAGGGUGUCAGAGGAAAUUCUGCGGGAAGUGGGCGACAAAAUAAAGUCCUAUCCUUUCAACUUCCGAGGGGCGGCCAUUUUGAGUGGCCAGGAGGAAGGGGCAUACGGUUGGGUCACCGUCAACUACCUGCUGGAGAACUUUGUCAAGUAUGGCUUUGUGGGUCACUGGAUGAGCUCGGGCAGGGAGACGGUGGGGGCUCUGGAUUUCGGUGGGGCCUCCACCCAGAUCACCUUCCUGACCCGGGACCCGGUGGAGGAUGAGAAGGACAGCAUGACCCUGCGUCUGUACGGGAAGGACUACGCCCUCUACACCCACAGCUUCCUGUGCUACGGCCAGGACCAGAUGCUGCGCAGGCUGCUGGCUCACCUGCUGCAGUCCCAGGGCUACCCGAAAACCGUCACCCACCCCUGCUUCCCUGUUGGCCACAGCGUCCCCACGGAGAUGGGGAAGGUGUUCGAUUCGCCGUGCACUGUGGACAGUAAACCGGCCCCGUACGACCCCCGGACGCCGGUGACCGUGCUCGGCUCGGGCCAGUACCACCAGUGCCUGGGGAACGUCAGCGAGCUCUUCAGCUUCGGCAGCUGCUCCUACUCCCAGUGCUCCUUCGACCAGGUCUUCCAGCCCAACGUCAGCGGCAACUUCAUGGCAUUUGCAGCGUUCUUCUACGUGCACUCUUUCCUGAAGCUCACCACAGGCAUCGCUGUCAGCACCCCUGCUCAGCUGGAGGAAGCAGCUCGUGCUGUCUGUAACCUGACCUUCCAGGAGAUGUUGGCGUUAGCCCCCGAGCAGGAGAAGCGUCUGCAGCAGUACUGCCCCGCCGCCGUCUUCAUCCAGGUGCUUUUGCUGCGAGGGUACAAGUUCGACGAGAUCUCGCUGCCCAAGGUCUCCUUCCAGAGCAAGGCAGGGGGCGCCUCUGUGGGCUGGGCCCUGGGGUACAUGCUAAGCCUGAGCAACCUGUUACCAGCGGAGAGCGUGGGGAUGAGGAAGGCCCUGCACCCUAGUGCCUGGGGCGUCCUGCUGUUCCUCUGCUCCCUCCUCCUCCUCGGUGCUCUGGGAUACCUCGUCCUGCACACCUCUCGAGGGAAAAACCAGGAUGGAAGUUUCGACUAACCACCACAAGAGGGCGAUGUCGGGGAGACCCAAGAUCCCCACGUGCUCUGAAUUACUGUGAAGAGUGCCAGCAUCAAAGUCUCUGGCAAACCCAACUUUCAUAAUUCACAACAUAAUCUUCAGAAAAAAAUUAAUUGCACUUAAUUUUUCUAUUUUCAUAAUUCACAGAGCCAGACGCCACAAGUGAGCUAAUUGUGGUGUUUCAGUUGACAAAUUGAAAAAAAAAUGUGAGAACUGUGUCAAACAAAAAGGUUAUUUCAGAGUAUGUCCAUUUUUUUAGUUAUUGAUUUGUUUUUAUGACAAGCGCUCAGAAGAAGCUAUGUGUAUAAAAUGUUUUAUUGGCUUCGAGAGCCAUUUUGAUCCUGUCUUUGGGGAAUUUCUUUAAUGGCAUUGAAACCAACAGUGUAUCCAGGCCACUGAUGUCCUAGGAUCUAAAGGACUAACUUCCUCCAAGAACAAGGAUGGACAUGUGUACUACCACAGAUUAAGAAAAGGAAAA